ACGGAAGAAUAAGCUCGUUACCCGCUCUCGUGGUUUGGAGCAUUUGAAAAAUACAACAUAACCACGACGUGGAGUCGCUCAGGUGUGGAAACUGCUCACAGAGAACUGAGCAGCUGUCCGUGGUGCUGAAAGUGAUCGUGCAUUAAACCGGCGGUGAUUUAUUCGAGUUGAGAAAAUACAAAAGCAUUGAAAGGGGACCGGAAGCAGCCGGUAGUGUCAGACACCGACACCGACACGCUUUGUGCUCCCUGAACUUUGUGUGGGUUUGAGAUGCGCGUACCUGAGCGAUGCCUGGGAUAGUUAAGGACCCCAUUCUCACAUGAGUAAGCGCGCCAAAAACGGGAGAUGACGGUGGGCUGCAUUCCCAUUGACUGAGAGGGAGAGGGAGAGAGAGAGAGAGAGAGAGAGCACGGACUCCGCCUAUACCAACCCAACAUCCAGCUCCAGUACGGCGACGGCGGAGGCUCCACAGAUCAGCCGAGCGAAGAAGAACCACGGCCCCCUCCUCAGCUCGACUCAGUUCCCGGCGUGAAAAAACGGAGAUGGGCUCCGUGUGAAUCCGGACGGUGGAGGGGAGAGGAGGGCAGGCGGGGGGUGGGGGGGAACGACGACGAGAGCGUGGUGGGGGCAGAAACACCCAUAAAGAGGACAAACAAAAGCACAGCCGAGGGUGCCUCCAACCAUGAGCGGCUCGCACUAUUCGCCGGAGCUGCGGCUGCCGCUACCGCGUUCACUACACCCGCCGACCAUGUCGUGAGGUGUGGCUCGGGAACGCUCCGGGAAACCUGUCAGCCGAAACGACACGCCGAGGAGAAGGAGGAGGAGGUGGUGGUGGUGGGGUGGUGGUGGUCGAAAAGAUGUCCGCCUCGGUGGGGCCCCAGGGCGGCCCUCGCCCACCCACCGUGCCGCCGUCCAUGCCGGAUCUGCCGGACCUUAGCCACCUCACCGAAGAGGAGAGGAAGAUAAUCAUGGCAGUGAUGGCUCGGCAAAAGGAGGAAGAGGAGAAAGAACAAGCCAUGCUAAAAACACUGCACAAGCAGUUUGAGAGCUACAAACAGGAAGUGCGUCGCAUCGGGGCCGAGACGCGGCGCCAGCAGACCCAGCAGAAGGACGACGCGCCCACCUGCGGCAUCUGCCGCAAGACUAAGUUUGCAGAUGGCUGCGGCCACCUCUGCUCCUACUGCCAGAUCAAAUUCUGCGCUCGCUGUGGAGGGCGGGUCUCUCUGCGCUCCAACAAUGUAAUGUGGGUAUGCAACCAGUGCCGUAAGCAACAGGAGAUUCUCACCAAAUCAGGAGAAUGGUUUUCGGGGUCAGGGGUGCGGCCCGGGAGCCUGGGCACCUCUUUAAACAAUCCAGCCACGGGAGGUGAGGCCCAACGGGACAGGAAGCUACUCCGCUCCAGGUCCCAAGCCCCACCAUCCAGCACCAACGCCAACACAGGGCCACCAGACGGGACACAUCCGCCUGCCGGCGUCACUGCUCUCAAGGGUGCUGACACCAUGCCUGGCUCUCGCUCUCAAAGUGAACCCCCAAGAGAAAAGAAAAGGCCAGUUUCUUUCCAUGAGCAAAAUGGUAAGGGAGGCAUGGUACGUGGUUCUGCCCGGAGACCAGCAGACAAGUUGCAUUCACAGUCAUCUCUGGACGAGCGGGUGGGUCCCGGAGACAGAGGAGAGAGAAGGUUAGGAGAUGGAAGGCGGCUGGAAAAGAUCCACUCUCAGGACUACGAAGACGGGGAUGAAAACCUGGGUCGUUCAGAAACACACCGCAGGCGUCCAGAGGAUGAGGAGAAGAGGGAACGGCAGCGGCGCGAGGAGGAGUUCCAGAACCGCUAUCGCAGUGACCCCAACUUGGCAAGAUACCCAGUCAAACCACAGAAGGAGGAGCAGGAGAUGCGCAUGCACGCCAAGGUGUCGAAGGUGCGGCAUGAGCGACGACACAGUGAUCUUGCAAUAAAUGAGGUCGGACUGGGGCCUGGUGAAGGGGGUGGGGGAGGUGGGGGUGGAGGCAGCACAGGACAGGUGCCAGAAAACCGUCUUGCCAGGAGGGGUGGAGGUGGGGAAGGAGACCGCAAGGCCCUCAUGGAGAAUCACAGGGCCUACUCUGCAGAUAGGACCGUGGGGGUUGUAGGUGGGGCUCCCCCUGCCAGUGGAGGGGGAAGAUCAGGGUCCCAACCCGGGGGACCUGUGCCUUCAGACUGGGGUCCAAACAACAGUCGCCUGGAGCAUGGACCCCAAGACGGGACGCGGACAUCGAGGGAGAAGGGUGGGGUGGAUAACCUGCUGAGGAAGGACUCUCAGGGCUCGGACCAGUCGGAGUCUUUGCGGCCACCCCCUCCACAGUCAUACAAGGGCAAGCGCGGAGUCAACAAGAGGCAGAUGUCCAUCAGCAGCUCAGAGGAGGAGGGCGGAUCCACGCCCGAGUACACCAGCUGUGAGGACGUGGACAUGGAAAGUGUCAGCGAGAAAGGCGACUGGGACUGUCAUCCUCUAGAUCCUGCAGUUUGGCACCAUCCAGUUUCGUGGCAGCCAUCCAAAGAGGGUGACCACCUGAUUGGACGGAUCACUCUGAGCAAGAGGUCAGCCAUGCCCCGUGAGGCAGGCUCUCUCCUGGGACUAAAAGUGGUAGGAGGGAAGAUGACGGAGACAGGGAGACUUGGGGCCUUCAUCACCAAAGUUAAAAAAGGGAGUCUGGCAGAUGUCGUGGGACACCUACGUGCAGGUGAUGAGGUGUUGCAGUGGAACGGGAAGUCGUUGCCAGGAGCAACCAAGAAAGAAGUGUACAACAUCAUUCUCGAAUCCAAGGCUGAGCCUCAAGUGGAGAUUGUUGUUUCGAGACCUAUAGGAGACAUCCCAAGAAUCCCAGAGUCCUCCCACCCUCCUCUAGAAUCUACAGGCUCCAGCUCCUUUGAGUCCCAGAAGAUGGACCGUCCAUCUAUAUCUGUGAUGUCCCCUACUAGUCCCAGUACUCUCAGAGACCUUCCUCUGGUUCUGCCUGGACAGCUCUCUGUGAAGCUGUGGUACGACAAAGUGGGCCAUCAGCUGAUUGUCAACGUCCUUCAAGCCAUAGACUUGCCACCCCGACCAGACGGACGACCUCGAAACCCCUACGUCAAGAUGUACUUCCUGCCUGAUAGGAGUGAUAAGAGUAAACGACGGACUAAAACCGUGAAAAAGAGCGCUGAGCCCAAGUGGAACCAGACCUUUAUUUAUUCCCACGUUCACCGGCGAGACUUCAGAGAGCGGAUGCUGGAGAUCACAGUGUGGGACCAGCCUCGAGUCCAGGAGGAGGAGAGUGAAUUCCUGGGCGAGAUCCUCAUAGAGUUGGAGACGGCCUUGCUAGACGACAUUCCUCACUGGUAUAAGCUCCAGACACAUGACGUGUCCUCUAUACCUUUGCCACAGCCCUCUCCAUACCUCCCACGGAGACACGUCCAUGGAGACAGCCCCAGCAAGAAACUACAGAGCGCAGAGCGUAACUCCAGGGAGAGAGAGCGGGGCAGCACAUUGGCUGUGCCCGAGCAGCAGCGGCCCGUCCAGCACCGCUCGCGCUCGGUGUCUCCUCACAGAGAAGACACGUGCAGAGCUCGGUCUCGGCCUGCACACGUGCCCAUGCAAAGGAGUUUGGAUGAGAUCCACCAGAACCGCCACCACUCCCACUCCCCCUCCCAUUACCACGAGCCCCACUUGGAGCACCAACGCUCAGGUGACUCGGACUACGAGUACUCUGAGGACAGUGAGGUCCUGGAGAUGCACAGGUCUAUCCGGGGCGGGAGUGCCGAGUGCCUGCACACAAACAGCUCCACCCUCCCUGCAUGCCUAAAGAGCAAGCCGCCCCACAGGCAGGAGGGGGGCAGCGCCUUGCCUCGUAGCAUCCUCACACACCGUGUGCUCAGGUUCACAGAUGAGGUCACGGUUAGUGACCUGCAGCCGUCGUUGGACAGAGUGAGGAGCGCCAGCACCACGUGUCUGAGACCAGACUUUCACUCUACUGACAGAGACAGGUGUUCCAACUCUUUGCCCCGAAAGACUCCCCCAAGCCCCAGGAUCUUAGUAGAACAUGUGGCCCCUGAGGAAGACAGGCAGUCUAACAGUUCUCCAGGUCCAAACUGUCCAAAGGGCAGCAGAAAAAGCCUGGAGGGGGACAGUCGCAUCCAGCCCACCUCUAUCCUGAGGGGCAGUAGAGGGAGAGGAGGCCCUCUGAGGCCCUUUGGCCAGACAGUCCUGUCAGGGUCUUGUCCUAACUCACCACGGCUGGACAGAGCACACCCUUAUGGCAGCCCGACUUCCCCAGCGGGGACUCCCUCAUCAGGUCGCAGGGGCAGGCAGCUCCCUCAGCUCCCCGCUAAAAGCAGCAGUAUAGAGCAAGCCCUCGCAGUGGAGGAGCGAGCCCGACAGCUGCAGAUGAAAGUACAUUCCUACCGGCCUUCAGCCUCCCACGACCCUGAGACGAACCUCAAGACCAAACGGGAGAUGUAUGCAGAACAGAGGCGCAGCAGCGACAACAUGUCGGCCAGAUCUUCAGACAGCGAUAUGAGCGACGUGUCGGCGAUCUCCCGAGCCAGCAGUGCCUCCCGCCUCAGUAGCACCAGCUACAUGUCUAUCCAAUCAGAACGGCCCGGGGGACGACUCAGAUCCAAGUCAUUAGAGGAGGACAAGAAGGACAGGAAGAUCUCAUGGGGGGUGGAUGGAGAGGAGGAGGAGAAUGAAGGUGGAAAGAGGCAGGUCUCCGAGGAGCUGAAGCACAGGAGACACACUGUGGCAGGAGACACGAGAGAGUCCAGUCGGCAGAUGCGAGCGUCCAUGGGCCGCAGCAUGCUGAAGAGCUCCAGCGUGAGCGGAGAGAUCUACACCCAGGAGCGCACAGACGGCAGCCAAUCAGACACGGCGCUGGGCACGGUGGGCAGCGGCAGCAAGAAGAGACGCUCCAGCCUCAGCGCGCGGGUGGUGGCCAUCGUUGGCAACCGUCGCAGCCGCAGCACAUCGCAGAUCAGCGGCCCCGAGGGGAAGAGUAAGAAGGAGAAAGGAGCAUCCAUCCAGAGGAGCACGGAGACCGGCAUGGCCGUGGAGCUGACGAGGAACAUGAGCCGGCAGCCCAGCAGAGAGUCCAACAACGGCAGCAUGAACAGCUGCAACUCCGAGGGGAACUUGAUCUUUUCUGGAGUGAAUCUAGGUGCCAGCAGUCAAUUCAGUGACUUCCUGGAUGGACUCGGACCAGCUCAGUUAGUGGGAAGACAAACACUGGCUACUCCUGCCAUCGGUGAUAUCCAGAUUGGUAUGAUGGAGAAAAAGGGUCAGCUGGAGGUGGAGGUGAUCAGAGCACGAGGACUUGUACAGAAGCCAGGAUCCAAAUCUCUCCCUGCUCCAUAUGUCAAAGUCUAUCUGCUGAAUAAUGGAGCGUACGUAGCCAAAAAGAAAACCAAGAUUGCACGGAAAACACUUGACCCACUGUACCAGCAAGCACUGCUAUUUGAGGAGAGCCCGCAGGGGAAAGUGUUACAGGUGAUUGUAUGGGGAGACUAUGGCCGCAUGGACCAUAAAAGCUUCAUGGGAGUUGCACAAAUCUUAUUGGAGGAGCUGGACUUAUCAAGCACAGUCAUCGGUUGGUACAAGCUGUUCCCACCAUCCUCUCUGGUGGAUCCGACACUUGCCUCCCUGACUCGACGAGCUUCUCAGUCGUCUCUCGACAGCUCGUCCGGGCCGCCCGGGGUCCGAUCUUAGUGGACCAACAGCUCUCCACCACUCGCCGAGAAAAACUAAAACUAAAACUCGGAGAGAAAUAAAAAUACAAACGGCAGAAAUGUAGAACAACAACAAUCAGAAACACGAGAAAGCUUUGUUGAAAUCUGACAAUCACUCCUGCCGCGGUUAAUUUUGUCUGUCGUAGGGAGCGUCGCAUUUCAGUGUUUCAUGUCCAUUCGAGGAAAAGUCUCUGUGUUUUCUCUGUGUGUGCUGAAGAAGCCGUGCAGCAGCUGUCCAGAUAGUACCAGAGAAUCCAAACGAAGCAGGGUGGCUUUUAAACGAAACAACAAUAGCAAAGAAAUGUAUGUAAAGCAUCAGAAUGUAUGGACUCGAGACAAGAGGUAAUCACCCUCCGCUCCUGCAGGCGGCACUGCCCUCCCUGCAGUGGCCUCCUCCAGAACCCCAACAGACUGCUAGCAUUCCCGUCCCCGCCAUGCGUGGGGACAGGGUACUCAGUCUGGAAGCACAGGGCCUUCUUCUGGUGCCUAGACCUCGGAGCCGCAUUACUGGUCCUCCCCCCCCCUGUGGAAAGAUCCUCUUUUCAAUAUGUUUACCAUGGCUGCUCUGAAGCCGCACCGUUUCAGCGUGUUUGCUUUGUUGUUCAUUUCUUUCCCUUCGUUACUACUGGCACAAGAUGUUUUUAAAAGUGCUCAUGAUAAUGUUGUCAGUCUGGUGUGUGCAUGGAGAGUAAAAAUAAAAUACAAGAGAUUUUAAAAAAAA